CCUCCUUUUUUUUCCAGUGCUCUGUGUCUACAGAGCGUCGCUUGACUCGGGCGCCGCAGUUGUAGUCAAGCGUGUGCCUUGAGUGAAUGUUUCACUCUAAACAUGAAUUGAACGUUGUCCACGGAAGAAUAAUAAAAUGACCAUUUCAUAUUCAACUCAAUUUGCACUGCUCGAAUUCUACGGAAAGAGAUACCGAACGAAACGCCGUGUCGGCUUGGACUUGUCGCCGCCAACUUGACUCCGGUGGUGUUUACUUGCUGCUUGCUGCGCUUCUUGAGAGGCAGGCAGCGAGCGGAACCGACAACUCAAUGAAUUUCUGAAAAAAUAUGUGGAGAAGAUGCGGUUUUUGCGGCUGAGUGUUACGCCUAGGCUUGUGGAGUGUUUUUCUAGUCAACUCGCGACGCCGGGGCCCGCGUAGUGCGCGUACCCGAAGGUCCAGUGGCCGCGGUGCUCGGGAGCGUAGGCCUGCCGCCUGCCUGGACCCCAUGUGUAAAAACAAAUUUCGGCUGGUCUCGAUCCGACUCGCACUGACAGACUCAGCCCCCGGGACGCGAUGUGUGUUUCGGACGGAUAUCUUGGAUUAAAUCGACUCCUGUGCGCAUCGAACUGCCGUGCCAAGUGACUUUCCUCUUAGAAUGCUGUGUUUUUAGUGAAAACUUGUGUGCAAACCUCAAAUCGGGCUGCAAGCCGACGUCCGUCUGUAGCCUGCGGUGAAAACAUAACCUCGUAGUUCAGCAAAGUGCAGUGUUUCGUAUAAAAUGCGAAAGUGGCUCAACUUUGGAUUACCUCCUGCAAGAAGAAGUACUUCGUCUGUCUGGAAGUGCAAUCACAGUGAAAUCAGUGCCAGUGGAAGUGCGGUUUUGGUGUGAAGUGCUUGGUGGGACGGCCGUGCCGGGGCCCGGUCUCUGGCCUGUGCUCAAGGCAAAGCCAAAGCCAAAGAGAAGUGCAAUGCAGUGGUAGGGAUGUGCAUCGAGGAGGACACGAAGGAGCACGUCCACGUCCUGCUUGCCUAGGACGUCAUAUGUACCUGCAGUGUGUCAAGCACCAGCCCGGUGAAAGGGAGGCUUCUUAAUGGCAAAAAAGAGCUGUACCCGCCGUGUAGCUUCUGCUAACACGCUGCCUGCCACACUGGAGGAUCCGGUGGGCAACUGGAAGGGUCCGCCCCCUGGCUCGGAGCCACAGAACUUCACGCCCAACUCUGGGCAGAACUUCUCCGGGCCUCCUUCUGGAUAUCAGGGACCGUCGCCCUUCCAGGGCCCUCCAGGGGGUGCAGGCUCCCCUGCAGGUGCUCCUCCGUACUCUGGACCACCACCUGGCUCUGGCACCCCCCAGUACACAGCAUCGCCAGCACCUUCAGGCUCAUCUACCCCUGGGCCUGGACCGCCUCAAAAUGAUCCCCGGUUUCCCCCAACGCCCAACUCUGGUGGACCUCCUUACAAUGGACCAGGGCCAGGACCGUUUGGUUCUCCUUCGGGAGGUGGACCUCAGUUUGUUGGGAGGCCUGGCUCCUCAGGACCUCCAUUUGUGGGACCUCCUGGUCCGGGGCCUGGCCAACCCCAUUUCCCAUCUCCUGGACAAGGCCCGUUUGGUGGACCACAGUUCGGCAUGCCGCCUGGCUCACCUUAUGGACAUGGACCGGGUCCUGGGCACCCCAUGUCUGGCCCAAUGCCUACUCAUGGGCUCAUGCCUGGACAAAUGGGCCCUGGGCCUAACCCUGUUGACAGGAUAGACCAAGGGUCUUUACCUGUUCCUAGGCGCCACACCUCAUGUUUUGGCCAGCCAGACUACCGUAUAUUUGAGCUUAACAAACGGUUACAACAAAGGACAGAGGAAAGUGACAACCUGUGGUGGGAUGCCUUUGCUACAGAAUUUUUUGAAGAUGAUGCAACCUUAACACUAACUUUUUGUUUAGAAGAUGGACCGAAACGAUACACGAUAGGAAGAACAUUAAUUCCUAGGUACUUUCGAACAAUCUUUGAGGGAGGUGUAACAGAAUUGUAUUAUAAUCUGAAAAAUCCUAAAGAAUCGUUCCACAAUACAAGUAUUACUUUGGACUGUGAACAAUGCACUAUGGUAACACUUCAUGGAAAACCAAUGUUCACUAGGGUUUGCACAGAAGGAAGGCUGAUCUUGGAAUUUACCUUUGAUGACCUUAUGCGUAUAAAGUCAUGGCAUUUAGCUGUCAGAAGUCAUCGUGAAUUAGUUCCUCGGACUGUUGUCGGUAUGCAUUCAAGUCAGGACCCAAACAUGCUUGAAUCAAUUUCCAAAAACAUCACAAGACAAGGAAUCACAAAUUCCACCUUAAAUUAUCUGAGGCUAUGUGUUAUUCUCGAGCCAAUGCAAGAACUUAUGUCGAGACACAAAGCAUACGCUCUUACACCCAGAGAUUGUUUGAAGACUACACUUUUCCAGAAAUGGCAGAGGAUGGUUGCCCCGCCGGGUAAGAGAGAAUCACAAAGGCCAGCUAACAAGAGACGGAAAAGGAAAGGUUCAACAUCAGGAGGAGUAGCCAACAAUGCACCUCCUGCACCAAAUAAAAAGCGAUCUCCUGGUCCCAACUUCUCCUUAGCUUCUCAGGAUGUUAUGGUAGUUGGCGAACCGUCAUUAAUGGGUGGAGAGUUUGGUGAUGAAGACGAAAGAUUAAUAACACGACUGGAAAACACUCAGUAUGAUGCAGCCAAUUCCAUGGAUCAUGAUAACCAUGGAUUUUCAGACUCCUCAAUGGCUGGGGGUCCCAAUUCAUGGGGCGGUGGAGGGCCUGUGGGAGUUGGAGGCCCUGGUGGGGAUAGAGGUCCCCCACCACAGGGAAAUACACCCUCCAGUCAGGACUCGGACAAAAAAUCUCCUGCUGUUAGCCAGUGAUAUAAAGCAACUUCCCUCUAGUGAAUCUCGAUUUUAUAUAUACAUAUAUAUAUAUGUAAAUUAUAUAUACAUAUAUGUAUGCAUAUAUUUUUUUUCUCAGAAGUUAAUUAUGUUCAGUACAAACUCAUGUCGCUAUCUAUGUUCAGGGGACCUCAGACAAACUUACUCAUGUUAAAAUCGCACCUCAUUGCGUCAUGCAAGAAUAUAAGCAAGGAUGUUGGUGUGUUUGUGCACCCAACAAUAUCUCUUGUUAAGCUGUGAUUUUUAAAAUUGAAGGAUUUUUCAUGGAAUUUUCAGAAUUAUGUUGGAGGUUUCCCUCCCCCUUUUUUUAUUCCCCUCUUGAAUCAUUUCCUGCAUCAUGGGAAAGAAUUUGAAAGGUGAAUAAAUUGUUUAUUAGCCACCAAGCAACCUGCCAUUCACUAGUUUGCUGAAAGUUGUGUUACUUAUUUUACAUUCCAACACCUUCUGCACCAAUGUCUAUCACUAGUGGGUAUGCAACUUGCUUAAAGAAAUUGUUUCUUUCUUGAUUUAUUACUUGAAUGCAAUUGAAAUGUUUCUUUCUGCUACUCGUACUUCAUGGUACUAUGACGCUGCUAGCAUUCCAUGAUUACAGAUAGUUUACUUACACCCUUGAGCAAUAGUGUCAAAAGUAGAAAACACGAGUAGCUCUGUCCACUGGUGGACUUAUUUGCAAAGAAUUCUUUUCAACGAUGUGUUCAUGGUACUCAAAUUAAUUUGUCAGAUUAUUGCCUGCACUUGUUACCUGGUCUGCGUUUGCUUACCUUCAGAUGCGUUCAUUCAUUCCAAUAUAAUUCUGUACAUGAACUAAUUCUUGAAAUCCUUCUUUAAAUGUAUCCUGUAAGAUGUAAGUCAGUAUUGGCAUUGUUUUCUUGUUGAGUGGUAGAACGUACAGGAACUGGGAGGACUGAUGCAGGCUGCAAAACUUAAUGAAGUCUGUAGACUUUCCCUGCUCAAUAUAUUUAUUUUUUUCUCCCAUUUCUUCCUCAGCUGUUCCUACCUUGUAAAAGCUGAGUAAGAGGUAUUAUCAAAGCCCAUAUCAUUAUACCCAUUUGCAAGUCUACUUAAAUUGAAGCAAUGUGAAUCUUUCCCCCCCUUGUACCUCUGAGGCUAGGAAGAAAGAUUCCUCCUGUUUCAUGGUACUAAAAUUCUGGAAGCUAGUGUAAAUGUGGUAAUAGUGCUGAACAGCAAAUCAAAAUUGAAUCUGUGGGAAAAUUUUGAUGAUUGUGUAAUGGUUUUAACUUAUUUACAUAGAUGUUUCAGUUUUUAAAAUAAUUAGACAAUGUGCACAGUUAAAAGUGCUGUGGAACUGAACAGCAGUUAUUCCAAAUUUUUGUUUCCAAAUUUUCUUCAGUAACAUGGGUACAAUUUCUCAUAGUUAAUGCAGUUUAGAUACUGGUAUUAGUGAUUGUCCAUAUGUUAAAAGUAUAUUGUUCCAUACUAUGAAUUGUUUGAGGGAAGCUUACGAUUAGUAAAUAUUUGAUGUACAUGUAUAAUAUUCUCAAUAUUUUAAUUGGAGUCUCAUUUGUAUUAUGUGCAUUUUAUUGUGUAUUAUAUACACAAGUUACCACUCUAAAAUAGUGGCCAAUGUGUUAGUGUUGCUUUACUUAGAUCUUCUCUUCUUAUGAGUUGUAAAUUAUUUUAUUAUUGUAAUUAUUAAUAUAAUUAUUAUAUUACCUUAAGAAAAAUGUACUGCCGAAGAAAGCACACAUGCACGGCGCCAUAAGGAAGUAGGGUGCGUGUUAUUUUCACACCUACACACACCUGAAAUAUGGACUGAGGGUCCUUUUAUUUUAUUUUACCUUAUUUAUUGAAUUGUGAUUUCAUCAAUAAUCUUUACUAAUCGUAACAUUCCCAAGUAUGUUUAAAUUACUUUGUUUUCUCCGCAUCUUAAGCACAUUGUGCCCUUGUGGGUGACGGUAGUACAGCUUGCUUCCGUUAUUAAUGGGCUGUCAGUGGAGCAGUUUGAUGACAAAUUAUUUCUUGCAAUUUAUUAUCAAGUAUAGUAAUCAAAAAGUUUCUGAAAAAUGUUGCCCUCAAUUGUUAAGUAUUUGGGUUCAUUUCAAUCUUGAGUGUUCUUCUGUUAAUGUUUCAUUCCACUGCUCCUUGACCCUUCCUCCGUUUGAGAAAUGAGGUUAUUUCAGAUGUAGUACAUUUCUAAGUUUGUACUUAUUCCCUUGUUGGAAGCAAAUGUUUGCCUAAUAUGUGGAAUUACUAUACCCUGGUGGUAUUGUUUUAGUAAGGUGACGACAUUAGUCUCAUAAGACAUGGUCUGUUUGUCUGCCUGUAUGCAAGUUCGUGUAGCAGUAUCAUGUCAACAUGAUAUCAAGCAGUUUGCAAGCUGCUAAGGGCUCUUUCACAAGAGUGCAAUAUUUACUGGUUUGAGAGAAUAAAAAAAAAAAACUAGAAUGUCAACUGUUGAGGACAUUCAGAGUUUACCACUUUAAAAGGGCGUACAUUGGUAUACAUUUCUAUUUCCUGGCUCAGUUUUGCCCCCUCUGGAAAGUAUAUCUUUAAGACUGUCAAUUGCUGGUGUUUACUGACUAAAUGACAAAGCUUGCGUACAGUCAUUGCCCUGAUUGAAGUUUUUCCUAAUGGGGGAAAACUUGCUCAUUUGCUCUCUUGAGCAACCAAACUUUUUCUCUGGGACAUCUUGCAUCUCAGUUUUGUUGCUGACAGUGAAAAGCUUUCUAUUGCUACUUCAUAUAAUGCCUAUGUUAAAUUGAUUUUUUUUCAAUUGUCCUGAUAGUUUGAUGUAUGAAAGGAACUUCUAACAAAUGUUCUUUGUUGAUUUGUAAUUUUCUUCAAGAGUGUUUUCACCUUGAAGCUUGUAAAUGUAAAUUUUUAUAAAAUCAAUUUUCAUUUUUUUGGACCUGUGGCCGAAACAUGUGUAUAUAUUGGAAGUUUUGAGACAGUUUAUGUGUACAAAUAUUUAAUUUAAAAAUAUAGUUGGCCACUUCAACACAUUUUGUAAAUGGACUUUCCGGAUCAUCACAAGUGUACUUUGCACUCAUGUGAAAGUGGACAGGAAUGUGUUACCCUUGCAGUGAGUUAUUCAUCACCCAGAAAAUGAGAAAAAAAUAAAUGUUUAUUUAUCCUUGAACGGAACUUGGA